GUCAGUUAAAAAGUAAAAACUCUGAUCAACAAAGGUUGCAAAAAUCCACGUUGAUUUUGUUAUUUCGUUUCUGUAUUUCAUUAAUUUCAGUGUAUCAAUUUUUAUAUUUAUUCAAUAUUAAGUAAAUUCUACAAUAUGGCUAAAAAGGGGAAAGCAAAAAUUAGCAAAGUAAAGCGGAAUAAUCAGACUACGAACAAGAUGAAGAAGCAGGGCAAAUUGAAGUUACAAAGACAUAGAAAUAAGGUACAGAAGCAGAGGCCUCCGCAGACGCCUAAGGUUGAAUAUAGCAGUGAAAGUGACUCGGCGUCUGGUGAUGAGUGGACGGACAUGCUGGACGAUGAUGAGCAAAAGUACAUCAUGUCCCGGCUUGCCAAGCAACCGCAACUGCUGUCCAAUGUGCCCGAGGAAGAGAAGCAAAACAAGUCCAGAAAGCGGAAACGGGAGAAGCAGGAGAAGCCUCCUAAGCCGAUGAUAGGCAGUGACAGUGGGGCAGAGAGUGAGGGGUCAGCCAGCGACAGUGACCUCGAAGAGAAGUAUGAGAAGGAACUGGCUGAGAGGCCGGCGAAGAGGCUGCGGCCACUCCUGCCCAUCAAGACCAAGCAAGGUCUACAGGAAAGAGCUGAGGAAUGUGAAGACUCAGAAUCAGAACAAGAUGACGAUCAGACACAAAGUAAACCUAAGCAGAAGCAAGACGUAGAGAGUGACGAGGAGGGUUCAGAUGACUCCGGGGUGGAGGGUACAGAGGAGGGCGAGGCCGAGGGCGAAGCCUCAGGGGGCGAAGGCUCCGAGGGCGAAAUCACAGCUGUGCAGCUGCUAGCCGCGCGCCGGGACCGCUUGGCGCAUGACAAACUGAGGAUCGGCGCGCUAUGCUCGUCGCUACUUGAAAGUCCGGAGAAAAAGCUAAAGAACCUAUACCCGAUCCUGUAUUUGAUGGAGGAGCGCUUAAAGGACGACACUCUGAACCUGUGCUCGGUUCGCAAACUGGCAACAUUGUCCGCGUGCGAGGUCUUCCGCGACAUCCUGCCAGAGUACUCGAUACGACAUCAGGACUACUCCAAUGUUAAAUUGAAGAAAGACACGUUAGCUCUGUACAAGUACGAGAAAGAGCUGCUUGAGUUCUACAAGCGAUACUUGCAGCGGUUGGAGAAAUCAGCAACCCUCUUGCGACAAAAGAAGGGUGACACCCGGAAACUCGAAGACGCGACGCUAUCCCUCUCCCUCGUGUCUCUGCGGUGCAUGUGCUCCAUGCUAGUGUCGCGACCUCACUUCAACUACGCCACCAACAUAGCACAGAGUGUUGUCCCGUUCCUUGCGUGUCGCGAUCAGCGCGCGCGCGACAUAGUUACCGAAAGUUGCACGCAGGUCUUCGCUGAAGACAAUAAAGGAGAUAUUACUCUCACGAUCGUCCGGCUUAUCAACCAGCUGGUGAAACGGCGAGGGGAGCGGCUCCACCCUUCCGCUCUGGACUGCCUGCUCACCCUCAAGAUACGCGACGUCGACAUGGACGCCGAGACAGACAUCAAGCACAAGAAGCGACAGGAUGAAAAGCACAAGAAACGCAUCGUUAAUUUGUCUAAGAAGGAAAAGAAGCGCGCCAAGAAGCUCAAAGAAGUGGAACGCGAGCUGAUGGAGACGCAAGCCCAGGAGAGCGAGGCGGCGCGGCGCAAGCAGCUGACUGAAGUGACGCGCACCGUCUUCCACAUCUACUUCCGACUGCUGAAGACAGCACCAGGGUCCAAGCUGCUGGCUGCGGCCUUGAACGGACUUGCUAAAUUCACUCACGUCAUCAACCUGGAGUACUACUCGGACCUGGUGGGCAUCCUCCGUCAGCUGUUAGUAAGCGAGAGUGUGGGAGCGAGAGAGAAGCUGCUGGUAGUGAGGACGGUGUUGUCGGUGCUCGCCGGCGCCGGCGACGCUCUCAACGUCGACCCGGCCACUUUCCACGCGCAUCUGUACUGCCACGCGCUUGACGCGCACGCCGGUCGUUCCCACGAGGACGCGAAGAUCAUAAUAGAAGCGGCCGCGCAGAUAUGCGCCCGCGCACGUCGCGUGUCGCCCGCCGUGCUCACCGCCUUCGCCAAGAGAUUGCUCACGCUCGCGACCCAGCUGCACCACAACGGAGCCCUGGCGUGCCUCGCGCUCGUCCACCAACUGGCCCAGCAAAGCAAAGCAGUGACGUCGAUGUUGGAGACGGACGUAGAGACAGCGAGUGGGCGGUUCGACCCCUUCCUGUCAUCCCCAGAACACUGCAAUGCGCACGCGGCGGCGCUGCACGAGCUUGCCGUGUUGACCAGCCACUACCAUCCCACUGUCCGAGAUGCUGCCCGGGCCUUGGUCGAGAACCGAGGACUGCCCGAACUGGCCAAAAUGACGCCAGCGCACGUUUUCUCUCAAUACGACGGGUCCCAGAUGGCAUUCAAACCAGCGAUCCCUCCGCCAAAGAAGGCUUCGCAGCCGGCUAAGGUGAAACCACACCACGCGUGGGCACAGGCCUCCUUGAAAGAGUUUUGCGAUUCCGUAGAAAAUAAUGUCAAUAUGACACUGCUGAGCGAGAGAUGAUGCCAAUAAAUUAAUGUUUAUUUUCUGA